AUGACAAAAACUUUUUCGCGUCUCAUUGCUAGUAGUGGUUGGUUUUCUUCCUCUCAUCGCAUUUGCAAUAGAGGAUCGUGCCUCUCUCACCGGACUCUCCCCAGCUCCGUCGCAAUCACAAUGGGCACGCCAUCGUUCCAGGCGUCCAACGCCAUCAUCUACCUCACCUAUGGCGUCUUCCUCGUCAUGGGUACCGGUAUUGCUUGGAAGUUGCGAAACCAGGCCAAGACGGAUUUCCUGUCUAGCAACGGCACUCAGACUGCCUUUCCUCUCGCUCUGAACUUUAUCGCCUCUGGUGAGUAA